AUGGAGGUCACUGAUCUACGGGCCGAACGGGACCAGGCGCAGGAGAGGUUGUCGAACAUUGCGUCCCUACUCCCUUCAACCCUGGGUCCCUUCCCUGCUGCCGCCUUGAGUCAAGGCCCUACGUCCAGAUCCUCGAUUGAGGUGUUGUCUGACGUAGCCGCCGGCCAGAAGGCAGAGGAGCCGGUGUCGUCUCCUUCGUUCGCUGGCCUUCCUGAUCAUCUUCCUCGAUCUACUCGAUCGCACACCCAGGAUGGCAGCGGAAACGCUUCGUUCCCUCCUGCAACGUCCGAGUCGCUCUCCGACGAGUUGAGUCACGGCCGCGACCAGUUUAGAAUACCAUCCGGUCCCCUAUCUGACGCUGAACUGGCGGAUCUGCCGCCUACCACGGUUCCUCGAUCGGAGUGGAUCCCCGGUUAUCAUGCUCACUGCAACUUCCACGGCCAUGAUAUCGUCCCCAGGUCUGCGCAGGACAUUCGCCAGACAAGUAUCGUGGAGAUGGACGCGGAUCUGCUGUUUCAUCAUUUCGCCAAGCCGAUGCAAUGGCUAAUCCCUCUCCGCCUCCGCUUGGAGGCUGGCGAGACGAUCUAG